UCAGUGCGCAUGCGCCAAAUGCCAACUCCGCCUCCAGGGCGGAACAGUUGGGGCCCAAAAUGGCGGCCAGCCGCUACCGCCGUUUCCUUAAACUCUGUGAGGAGUGGCCAGUGGACGAGACCAAACGGGGCCGGGACUUGGGCGCUUACCUGCGGCAGCGGGUAGCACAGGCCUUUCGGGAGGGAGAGAACACUCAGGUUGCAGAGCCCGAGGCCUGCGAUCAGAUGUAUGAGAGCUUAGCACGACUCCAUUCAAACUACUACAAACACAAGUACCCCCGGCCCAGAGACACCAGCUUUAGCGGCCUGUCCUUGGAGGAGUACAAGCUGAUCCUGUCCACAGGGCAAGCAAAGACCUGCCCCACCUUGCAGAGAGAGUUGGAAGGGUGCGAGGGCCUCGGUCAUCAGGGUGUCCAGCGUUGGGCUGGGCUCCUGAGAGGCCCUGAAGAGAUCUCCCAGUGCAGGACCCCCCACUGUUCACAUUUUGUUCCCCAUUUGGGAACCUGGACUUUCAGAAAAGUCCCAGGACAGAGGCCAUGCUCGGGCUGAGGGCUGUGCAGAGCAUGUCGGUGUAGUCCGGAGACUCUGACCAAGAAUGCCAGAGGAUAAUGAAAAGCCACUCUUUCGGUUAAAAAUAAAUACUUUUUUUUUGUCUAUAAA